AUGCUCGGCCGUGGCAUAAAGGCUGUCCCUAUUGAGGAGUCACGUUCACCAGAAUACAGCGCCCAAGAGAGCUACCCGUCGACUGCAGAAACUCAGACAAACAGUCCCAUUGUCAAGACUGUUUCCAACCCAAGCCCUGAAGAAUUGGCGGUGGCAGCGGCGGGGGCUACCAGCCUAAACAUCAUGGACAAUGAGACUCACCUAUCGCACUUAUCGCACGACCCUGCUGGCCCAGAUCAAGUGCCUGCAGAAGAUGAUUCUACCGAAGAGACGAUCGAAGAGAUGACCGAAGAUCCAAUGGGCCUGGAGAAAUUGCUGGAGUUAAAUAUGGAGAACUCUAUUCGUGCCGCUCUGGGUGAGGUGUACGAUUCUAGAAUCUUCGGUUUCUUAGCAAGCGUCCAAGUUCCUUUCAGUUACUAUCCCUUCGUCGAUUUCGCUUGUUUGGGCGCUCUCCCAUCGACAGAUGUUGCUUUCCUCGAAUCUCAGGGUAGCCUGCAUCUCCCUGCCCGUAUCCUGCUCGACGAAUUUAUGCAACAUUACUUCCUUCACAUCCACCCGGUCUUACCCCUUAUCGACGAAGGCGACUUCUGGGCAGCCUAUCAGCAGAGAUUAGGGGGGUUCUCCACGACGACACUAUCCUUGCCAGUUCUGCACGCGAUGCUAUUCGCAUCGUGCACUUUCGUUUGCGAUACCACCGUGAUGCGGCUGGGUUACUCCGACAUUCGGUCAAUGAGAGCAUCAUUCUUUCGACGAGCCAAGCUCCUGCUAGACUUUGGGGCAGAUUCAUCCCAUCUCUCUUCAGCGCAGGCGGCCCUUCUUCUCUCAUUUUCAUCCAUGUCAGCCAAGAAGAAAGUCGACACGUCGUGGCUCACUAGCGCCAUCGAAAAUGCCAGACUCGCCGACGCCCCCCAGUACUCUGCAACAUCUGUCUCGGUCGAUAUUACACAGAAACGUCUACUCAAGAGAGUAUGGUGGUGCUGUAUCAUUCGGGACCGGUCUCUAAGCCUCUUAAUGAGGCGUCCAAUUCUCAUAACAAAGGAUGACUUUGACUUCACAGCCAAUCGUCUUGAACUCUGUGACUUUGAGGACGAAUUCGAAAGAUCAAAGGUGUACAACGCUGCUACGAAAAAGACACUUGCCCGAAUUCUCAUCCGAACAGUUGACCUCUUCGUGGCCCUCACAGACACAUUGGCACUGGUAUUCUCGUGUGAUUGCACCAAGGCAAUGUCUCCUGCGCGAAGUGCCGAGGUCUCAAAAUGCGUCCAUCAAGGUAAACAGCACCUGCAUAGGUGGUAUACAGACACAAGUAAGGAGCUGCCAGAGCAGGUCUUUGUUACGAUGGCGACGACAAGCUCCUUGGUAGAACCAGAAACGCCCCACGAUUCGAUUCAGCUCUACAUGAAUCUCAUGUUCAUGUACUAUCACACUGCACGCAUAAUUCUUUGCAACUUCGAAGUGCUCCAUCAUUGCGUCUCCCAACGAUCUACUGGUAUCUCUCAGUCCUCCCUACCCGUCAUCUACAAGAACUUGCACGAUUUACAAGAUGCGACUUGUGGCCUCUCCAGUUGCCACAGCACACUCGUCGAGCGAGACCUGGUCCAAUGGCUUCCCAACUCUGCUGUUGGCUGUACAGUCCUGCCCCUCAUCCUCAACAUCAUCGACGAUAAAUGUUGCGAAUCCGCAUUCCAGUUCCAAUCCCGCUUAGUCGAAGAUACUUCCCCAAAGGGACGCCAGUCAGAUAUCUUGGUCACAGUUAUGAAAGUCUAUCAAACCAGAUAUGACAGUGUGGAUUGGAUAUAUGACAUCGUUUGUUAUAUCGUCGACCUUGUCAUGCCAAAGCCCGAUGACAAAUUCACAAGUUUCGACUGGAUCGACAUCCUAGCCUUUCAACCCGCCCUAUAUCUUCGGCUCAUGUUGAGCGUGGAUAUCUGCCUAAGCAAAGGACGCUUUCCGCAUCAUGAUGAGUUACCUCAUCGUCUUGACGACGCUUCUCCGCUAGAUAUCGAUCUGCCGCCCCUGGAACAUUUUGACACGAGCGAGAUGGAAAGUCUAGGCUCAACCAGUGGAGUCAAAGAGCACGAUGAUUCUCUUUCAAUCAUGGCAGAUUCAACACCGCAGCAUCCAUGUAGCAGCUCCGAGGACGGCCAACCUACACUCGAUGAUUUUGCACACUGGGAUUGUCUAGGCUUAUUCGGCACCCUGAUUGAUACUUUAUAG